CAUGCGUGUAUGUUCACUCUGGCAGAGUCUGCCGGUUUUCACCAUGCCCACUGUCAGCGUGAAGAGGGAUUUACUGUUUGAAGCUUUGGGUCAAGCAUACACUGAUGAAGAAUUUGAUGCACUAUGUUUUGAGUUUGGUCUGGAACUGGAUGAAGUGACUUCUGAAAAGGACAUUAUAAGCAGAGAACAGGGAGAUGGAAAAGCAGAGGGUGCAUCUGAUGUGAUACUGUAUAAAAUAGAUGUUCCUGCUAACCGAUAUGAUCUCUUAUGCCUGGAAGGAUUGGCCCGUGGUUUGCAGGUCUUUAAAGACAGAAUUGAAGCUCCAAGGUACACAAGAGUGGGGCCACCUAAUGGAGACAUGCAGAAAUUAAUAAUCACCAAAGAGACUGCACAAGUUCGCCCACAUGCUGUAGCAGCUGUCCUGCGUAAUAUUAAGUUCACCAAGGAUCGCUAUGACAGUUUCAUUGAGCUACAGGAGAAACUGCAUCAAAACAUCUGCAGGAAACGAGCUUUGGUUGCUAUUGGAACCCAUGAUCUGGACACCAUUGCAGGACCUUUUACCUAUACUGCAAAACCACCUUCUGAAAUUAAAUUCAGACCCUUAAACCAGACAAAGGAGUACACUGCUUCAGAAAUAAUGGAUCUUUACAGGACGGACAGUCACCUUCGCCAUUAUUUGCACAUCAUUGAAAAUAAACCAGUUUAUCCUGUUAUCUACGACAGCAAUGGCAUUGUUCUUUCUAUGCCACCUAUUAUAAAUGGGGAACACAGUAAAAUAACACUCAACACACGGAAUGUUUUUAUUGAAUGUACAGCAACUGAUCGCUCAAAAGCAAAAAUAGUGCUGGAUGUGAUUGUCACAAUGUUCAGUGAGUACUGUGAGAAACCAUUUACAGUUGAGGCAGCUCAGGUGAUGUAUCCAAAUGAAGAAACACGCAUUUACCCAGAGAUGGGGUAUAGAAAAGAAAUUCUAAGUGCAGAUUUUAUUAACAAGCAUGUAGGAGUCAAUGAAACACCUGAAUCUAUUGCUAAACUGCUGAGUCGAAUGUACUUAAAGUCCAAGGUGAUAGGGAAUGGAGAACAAAUAGAAAUUGAAAUUCCCCCCACAAGGGCAGAUGUCAUCCAUCCAUGUGAUAUUGUAGAAGAUGCAGCAAUAGCCUAUGGUUACAACAAUAUCAAGAUGACCGUUCCAAAAGCAUACACUGUAGCUAAUCAGUUCUCGUUGAACAAAUUAGCUGAGCUGCUGAGGCAGGACAUGGCAGCUGGUGGAUUCACAGAGGCCUUGACCUUUGCUCUGUGUUCUCAAGAUGAUAUUGCUGGCAAACUGGGCAAGGACAUAUCAGAAACGAAAGCUGUACAUAUAGCCAAUCCUAAAACAGCUGAAUUUCAGGUGGCUCGUACCACCCUUCUCUCUGGUCUGCUGAAGACAAUUGCAGCCAACAGAAAGAUGCCGCUGCCUCUGAAAUUAUUUGAAAUUUCUGAUGUUGUUCUGAAAGAUCCUUCCAGAGAUGUUGGUGCAAGGAACUCCAGACACCUCUGUGCUGUGUACUACAACAAGAAUCCUGGCUUUGAGGUGAUCCAUGGCAUGUUGGACCGUAUAAUGCAACUGAUUGAACUGAAACCAGAUAAAGAGAAUGGAUACUACAUUCAGGCUAUAGAAGAUUCUACUUUCUUCCCGGGUCGAUGUGCUGAGAUCUUUGCGAAAGGUCAAAGCAUUGGCAAGCUGGGAGUUCUUCAUCCUGAUGUUAUCACCAAAUUUGAACUGACCAUGCCCUGCUCUGCUCUCGAAAUCGACAUCGAGCCCUUUCUUUGAGCGAUGAGAUUGCUUCUUAGUUCUUAUCACACUUUUUGUGUCCUUAAGUCAUUCUGUGCAAAGAGCCACUACUGACACUGUUCAGCUGUAAAGAUAAAUAUUUAAUGAGGCAGAGGAUCCCAUGUCUGCUCUGUGGUUAAAUAUAUUUUCCCUUCUGUGAUUUUAUCUGUUUGCUUGAAACUUGAUAGUACAUUCUUCAGCAUAUAUCAAUUGAAACUAUAAAUGUGCAAAGCUGCAAUUCGUUGCAACAUGUAAGCAUAAUAUUCAAAGUAAAAAAAUUUACAACCAGAAUGUUGAUACACUGAGGUCUAGCUUGCCUGCUGUAACACAAACCCUUCCCUGAAACAAAAAUUGCUCUCCGUUUUUAAUAUAUUAGUAGUAGCAAAUAUGAUCUAAAAGAAAUGCAUAUAUAAUGGAUAAAAUAGUUUUGGUUAGUGGCAUAAAGCCAACUGGAUGGUUUUCCCUGUUCAGUGUUACAGUACUGUGUGCAAAAGUGGCAAUUGCCAAUGGCUACAUUUAUCCAUUUUAUAAUGUAAAUAUGUGGAACACCGAAAUCAUGUAAUGUCUGCCAGUCUGCAGUGAAUCAAUUAUUUUCUUUCUGCCCCAUAAGGAUUUAAUAGCAUUUAAUCAGUUGAGUUGGUGCAGUUGCUGCUUUACUUCUCAAUGUUUGAGAGUGCAGUACUUAUAAAUGCUAUGAUGUAAACAAACCCGUCAUUCAGGGAAGAAAAGGCACUACAAUGUUAUCUAUCUUGUGUCAUUAUCUGUAGCACUUUUGACUCUUCAUAAUGAACUUCAAUUACUCUUGAUUAGACUAUGUAUAAAAGAAUGAGAAACAAUGGAUUCUCUGUGCCAGGCAAAUGCAUCUAUCUACCAGUCAUUGAAGCAAGAUUAGGAAUUGCACUUUUAUCUGAAUGCUUGAUUGUCUUAUUGACUGGCACAGCUUAGGCUAUGGUUAACAAUUCAGUUAGGGAGCAACCUGUUGUGCAGUUUUCUAUUUUUGCUUUUUAAAAAUGUAUCAUGAAGAUUUCUAUGCAGGAUUUUAAAAUUUUUGACUAAUAUGAUUUUUAGGAGGCUCCUAUUUCUCUCUGGAAGCUUUUAAAGUUAGUUAAUUUGUAGCUUUGGUCAAGGACCCACUCACAUAUGAUUUCAAGUCUCUUCUUUCAGCUCCCUCUUAAAUAUCAUCCUUUGCUGCUUCCCAUGUUCUAUUUAAAGUUACUUACUGUUCUAUGGAUUGGCUGGCAGGAUACAUCAGUUUUAUUUCCUGCAGUUGUAUGGCCCACCACAGUGGCCUCCUUUAGAACUAAUGAAACCCAUCUCAUGCCCUUGGGCGUUUUUAAACUUUGAAGUCAAAAUAGUUACUUUUUUUUGUUGUGAGGAAAUCCUGGCAGUGGCUAACCAUUUCACUUGCUUUGGAAUUUUUGUGUGGGUAGUAAAUACGAAGGAUUAAAACUGUUUUUCCAGAUGCGUUGUAGGCGCACAAACAGAAAUGUAAACAUUGAAACACUGGUCUAUACCCAGAGGUUCGGGAAGAGUGCACCUUAAUCAUUAUGUAGCUUUCAUACAGUUUCUGAUGAAAUUUUUAGGUAUUUCCUUAACCUCUAAGUAGAAACCUGAUUAAGAAAGACUUUUAAAACUGACUUUAUCUACUGCUGACAUCCCAAGUGAUUCAGCAAAUGUAUCCACCUAAUCCCUGAGGCAUGAGCAUAUGCAAUGUCCCACUUCUGCUACCAUGGCUGCAUUGGGUAAGCUGAUCUCAGUUGGCCAGUGAGAGAGGUUCUUCAGUGGGUUUCGAUGUUCUUUGCCUAAAGAAAGGAAAAAAUGGCUAGACUUCCUUCUGGUCAUCAUCCAAGAUCCCUUCCAAAAAUGUGCAAGUUUAGACUUUGAAAAGCAUUUUAAUGUGUGGAUUUACCUAUAAAGAUUUUCUUCUAGUUGUCAGUACUGGCUGCCAAUUGUGGUACUUUGGAAUA